GCAGGGUGGCGACAGCCCACGGAGAACCUUUCAGGGCCCUGGGGACUGUUAGAAGUGCGCGCAGUAGGCAAGAGUUUCGAAGCUUGAACUAACUUGCUGCGGAGGGAGGCGCCGCGAGCCGCAGCCAUUCAGAAUCGUGCUCCUCCUGCGUCUGCUGGGGUUACCACGGCCGCCCGUGAUCGCCCAGGCCGGGACCCCGUGCCCACAGGUCUCCACUGGGGUUUCUUUCCGAAUCGCCAGUGCCAGCCCAAACCUUGGCCACAGCUUUGUUGCGUCCUCCUCUUAGUGAUCGGCUCCUGGUCCCCCGGCUCCGCCCCCAGCACCCGGAGCCAGGACCCCGGAAGUGCGCGUUGGCUGCUCGGGCGAAGGGAUGGAUGAUCCUCUCCAUCAAGGAUAGAUGGCUCUCAAGACUAUGGAUGAUGAAAAGAGAAGAGAGGGAGGGUGGCCACCUUGAUCCAGCUAAAGCAUCUCCAGGAGGCCUUCUCUGGAUGUCACAUCGAGGCUGCCCUUCUGCCACAACACGGAACUGGUGAUCCUCGAGUGCAUGGACAUGGCUUUGCUCAGCAAUAUCCUAGCGGCCUAUUCCUUUGUCUCAGAAAAUCCCGAGGGAGCAGCUCUGUACUUUGUCUCUGGUGUGUGUAUUGGACUGGUCCUCACCCUAGCUGCCUUGGUGAUGAGGAUCUCUUGCCACGCAGACUGCUGUCAGCAUUCCCAGAAGUUUCUGAAGGACCAAGAAAGCAUCAGCAACAGCAGCGACAGUGAGGAUGGCAGCUUGGAUGCAGCAUCUGACAUCUCAGUCAGGAGACAUCGGCGCUUUGAAAGGACUUUGAACAAGAAUGUCUUCACCUCAGUGGAGGAGCUGGAGCGAGCCCAGCGGCUGGAGGAGCGGGAACGUAUCAUCAGGGAGAUUUGGAUGAAUGGCCAGCCUGAGGUUCCCGGCACCCGGAGCCUGAACCGCUACUACUAGGGGCAGGAGCAGGAACCCACACCCCACUGUUUAGCUGCCUGGGAGAGAAAGGGCCCCGCAGAGACAGUGGGCACUAAGAGUGGAAUGCAGUUCUGCUAAUGUUAUGGUGGCAGAGACAAGCAGGACACUGUCAUUUUCGAGACCGUAUGACAGAUCUGUCCCUUUUGGCUACAUGGAGAAGUAGAAAAACCAAGUCGUUUCAUCAACCUUUCUAGAUCUUGGAAUGGUGCUGAAAACCCUCUCCAGCAAUGUGGAUGGAGAUUAUAGGAAUGGGACUUGUGGUUUCUCUUGAUUUCUGAGGAUCUCAGAAGUUUCUGCAGACUUCCUUGCUAUGUUUUAUUUCUAUAGAAAAGGAAAUAUUAUUAUAGCAAGAGGGCUAGGAAGAGCAGGGUUACCUUAACUUAGUAAAUGCAACUUAAAUGACUGCCAUGGAGGUGAUUUUGAUCCAGAUAGCAUGAUCCAUGCUUAUUAUUUAAGGCCUAUUUUCAAAUCUUGUAUUGUAAUCGCAACUUCUUCCAUUUAAACUGGCACCUCAGGGAUUAAAAUCCUGUUUUUUAUUACAGUUACCACUUCACUCAUGAAAAUGAAUAAUGUAUUAUAGAUAUGUCAGUGAACUAUAAAAAUGUCAAUAACCUCAAAGGAUGAAGGGUUUUAUUUUAAAUAGCUUCUAAGGAAUAUAUUAAUGUGCAUUUAAUGCUGUAUGCAUUUGAAAAUGCAGCACCAGAACAAAAGCUGUUUCUCCCCCCUUUUGGAGAAAAGAAAAUGUUAUGACUCUAGAUAAUCAUGACUUUAAACAUUUUGUUAAAAAAAUAAAAACCAUGUUUGGAUUUAUAGUAAGAGAAUGGGAAUGGGAGGUGAGGAAUAAAGCCAAAAUUAGGUUGGAAUAAAAAAUAUAAGUUACAUAAAA